CUUCUCCCAAAGGAGCUGCAGUUACCACCUUCCAGAGAAACAUCUGUAGCAUCCAUGAGCCAAACAAGUGGUGGCGAGGCAGGUUCGCCUCCUCCAGCUGUAGUCGCUGCUGCUUCGCCAUUCAGAGACAGGCAUCGAGUGGUGGGUUGUGUGACAGUGUCUGUCAAUAGUGAAGACAAAUAGUGCCAGAGACACUUAACCCAUCCAAUCUCACCCAGGGUAUAGGAUUUGCCUCUGAAGCAGGGAGUGUCUGCAUUAAAAAUGACCUGUAGUUCUCUGCUUCAUAGAUGCUUCUUCAGCUCCUUCCUCUUCCUCCAUGGGCGGUGCUUGCAGCUCCUUUACCACCUCUUCCAGUCCUACCAUUUACUCUACCUCAGUCACCGACAGCAAGGCUAUGCAAGUGGAGAGCUGCUCCUCAGCCGUGGGGGUAAGUAACCGAGGGGUAAGUGAAAAGCAGUUAACCAGUAACACGGUCCAGCAGCAGCAGUCAACGCCGAAGAGACACACAGUGCUGUACAUCUCGCCACCACCUGAGGACUUGCUGGACAACAGUCGGAUGUCCUGCCAGGAUGAGGGGUGUGGAUUGGAAUCAGAACAGAGCUGCAGUAUGUGGAUGGAGGAUUCACCCUCCAACUUCAGUAACAUGAGUACCAGUUCCUACAAUGAUAACACUGAGGUGCCACGUAAAUCACGCAAACGAAAUCCAAAGCAGAGGCCAGGGAUCAAACGCCGAGAUUGUGAAGAGUCCAACAUGGAUAUAUUUGAUGCCGACAGUGCCAAAGCGCCUCACUAUGUCCUUUCUCAGCUCAGCACGGACAGCAAAGGCAACUCAAAAGCAGGAAAUGGAGCGUCGGAGAGCCAGAAAGGAGCUGGAGGGAAGAAGACCCCGAUGUUGUGUGGUCAGUAUCCAACCAAAAGUGAGGGGAAGGAGCUGAAGAUAGUGGUGCAGCCAGAAACCCAGCACAGGGCUCGUUAUCUGACUGAAGGCAGCCGAGGCUCAGUGAAAGACCGGACACAGCAAGGUUUUCCAACUGUAAAGCUGGAAGGUCACAAUGAGCCGGUGGUGCUGCAGGUGUUUGUGGGAAAUGACUCCGGCCGGGUGAAACCACACGGCUUCUACCAGGCCUGCAGAGUUACGGGGAGAAACACCACUCCCUGUAAGGAGGUGGAUAUCGAGGGCACUACUGUUAUCGAGGUGGGACUGGACCCUAGCAACAAUAUGACACUUGCGGUUGAUUGCGUGGGAAUACUGAAGCUGAGAAAUGCUGAUGUUGAAGCUAGAAUAGGGAUUGCUGGCUCCAAGAAAAAAAGCACACGUGCCAGGCUGGUAUUUCGUGUUAACAUCACUCGCAAAGAUGGUUCCACGUUGACUCUGCAGACACCUUCUUCCCCUAUUCUGUGCACUCAACCAGCAGGAGUUCCCGAGAUCCUGAAGAAAAGCCUGCACAGCUGUUCGGUGAAGGGCGAAGAGGAAGUUUUCCUAAUUGGCAAGAACUUUCUAAAGGGGACGAAAGUGAUUUUCCAAGAGAAUGUUUCUGAUGAAAAUUCUUGGAAGGCAGAAGCUGAAAUAGACAUGGAAUUGUUUCAUCAGAAUCACCUUAUUGUGAAGGUGCCACCGUAUCACGACCAGCGAAUAACCUCAGCUGUUUCUGUGGGAAUUUAUGUGGUGACCAAUGCUGGACGAUCACACGAUGUGCAACAAUUUACGUACACUCCAGAUACAUCAGCUGGUACUCUGAAUGUUAAUGUGAAGAAGGAAAUCUCCAGCCCAGCCCAACAUUGUUCUUUUGAAGAGGCUAUAAAAGCUACCAGUUGUAAUCUGGAGAAGGUAAAUAUUCUUCCUAGUGCCUUGAUAACUCCACUCAUGCCAAGCAGUAUGAUUAAGAAUGAGGAUGUGUCUCCAAUGGAAGUAAGCGCGGAAAAAAGAUCUCCCCCUGUCUUCAAGGCUUCAAAAGUAGUUGGACCAACUCAACAAACAUUAGAAAGCAGUAUGCCUGGCAUACCAACUUCUGCUUCCCAUUUACCUUCUGAAAAUGAAAAACAGCAACAAAUACAGCCUAAGGUCUAUAAUCCAGAGACUCUAACUACUAUCCAAACGCAGGACAUUACCCAGCCUGGUAGCUUUUCAUCUGUCUCUACUCCAGGUCAGCUGCAGAACAGUGACACGUUAUUGCAGCAAGCUGCACAGUUCCAAACAAGAGAUUCCCAAACCAGAGAAGUUUUGCAGUCAGAUGGCACGGUUGUCACUUUGUCACAGUUAACUGAUGCUUCGCAGCAACAACAAUCUACACUACCAGAACCAGCACAGGCAUUACAGCAACAGAUUUCAUCAAGUAUUUUCUCGUCAGCGAGCGGUGUGAGUCAGUUGCAGAACACUAUACAGCAAUUGCAGGCUGGAAAUUUUCCAACUAACACUGCUACAGGCAGCAGUAGAAAUGUAGACUUGGUGCAGCAGGUACUGGAAGCUCAACAACAGUUAUCUUCUGUUUUAUUUUCUGGGUCUGACAACAGUGAGGAUGUUCAAGAUCAGCUAAAUGCAGAUAUCUUUCAGCAAGUCAGUCAGAUACAAAAUAGUGUAAAUCCUGGGAUAUUUUCCUCGUCAGAUACAGCUGUUCAUUCCAGACCAGAAAACCUUUUGCCUGGAAGAGGUGAAAAUGUUCAUUCACAGCCUGAGAAUACACUGUCCAAUCAGCAACAGCAGCAGCAGCAGCAGCAGCAGCAGCAGGCAAUGGAGACUUCUGCAGCAAUGGUGAUAGGAAUCCAGCAAAACAUUUGUCAAGCUGCUACACAGAUGCAGUCCGAUUUGUUCUCUUCAACAACUUCAGGGAAUGGAGCCCUCCAACAGUCACCUGUUUACCAGCAGGCUUCUCAUAUAAUGAGUGGGUUAUCAACGAGCGAAGACAUGCAGAUGCAGUGCGAAUUAUUCUCUUCAUCUCCUGGUGUUUCUGGAAGUGAGACCAAUUCUACAGCUCAGCAGCAGGUCUCCAACAAUGGGCCUACUAUAUUUCAGGCAUCAAGUUCUGCAGAUGGAGAGGAAGCUUCAGGACAGAGUAAGCAGAUGCAAAGUUCUGUAUUUCAGACCAUGGUUCAAAUGCAGCACAGUGGAGAAAGUCAAUCUCAAGUUAAUCUCUUUUCAUCUACCAAAAACAUGAUGACUGUUCAGCCAAGUGGAGCUCAGCAGCAAGGAGGUGGUCUGUUCCAGCAGGGCGGAGAAAUGAUGUCUAUUCAGCCUGCAAACUUUAUGCAGCAAUCUCCACACUCACAAGCUCAGCUUUUUCACUCUCAGAAUCCUAUUGGUGAUACUCAGAAUAUAUCACAGGAAACACAAGGCUCCAUUUUUCACAGCCCAAAUUCCAUUGUCCACAACCAGACCAAUACUAAUUCGUCAGACCAACUGCAGCCUCCGAUGUUCCAUUCACAGAGCACCAUGGGUGUAUUACAGAGCUCUUCGGUUCCUCAAGACCAGCAGUCUGCCAACAUGUUCCUUUCCCAGAGUUCAAUAAGCAACCCAGCAACUCAAGAAGAGCAGAUGUCAUUCUUUACAAACCCAAGUUCCAUUUCUCCUCUUCAGGCAGCAGCAAACACUGAGCAGCCAACUUCUUUCCAACAACAGACACAGAUAUCUCAUAUCCAGAGUUCUAUGCUUCCCCAGGAACAGCCACAGACUCAGCCUGCUCAGCAAGGUUUGUUUCAGCCUCAAGUACCAUUAGGUUCCAUCCAGUCCAGUUCAAUUCCCCAGAACCAACAAGGAGCUAUCUUCCAGCCUCAGCAUUCAAUAGUUGCUAUUCAGAGCAGUCCUCCAUCUCAAGAACAGCCACAGCAGCAGCAACAGAACAUGAUGUUCAGUAAUCAGAAUGCAAUGAAUACAAUCGCUUCUCAAAAGCAAAACAUGAUUUUUAACCCAAACCAAAACCCCGUUACUAAUCAGGAGCAACAAGGCCAGUCCAUUUUUCAUCCACAGUCUAACAUGGCACCAAUAAACCAGGAACAGCAGCCCAUGCAAUUCCAGAGUCAAACUACAGUGUCUUCUCUACAGAAUCCUGGAUCCAGCCAGGCAGAAGCACAGCAGCCAGCCAUCUUCCAUAACUCACCACAGAUCCAGUUGGUCCAAGGGUCAGCAAGUUCUCAAGAGCAACAGGUCACCCUUUUCAUCUCUUCAGCUUCCAUGUCUGCCUUGCAGAACAGUAUGAGCCAGCAAGAUCUGCAGCAGUCUCCUAUGUACUCUUCUCAAAACAGCAUGGCAGGAAUGCAAGGAACUGCUUCUCCUCCACAGCAGCAAGCUUCUUUAUUUCAUAACACGGCAGGAGGUGCUAUCAACCAGCUGCAGAAUUCUCCUGCUUCAUCUCAGCAGACUUCAGGAAUAUUCCUGUUUGGAAUUCAGAACAACUGUAGCCAGCUGCUGCCUUCUGGACCCGCUGCACUGCCCGAUGAGUUGAUGGCCAUCAGUCAGCCAGGUCAGCCACAGAGCGAGGGCCAAGCAGCAGUGCCAGCGCUUCUCUCCCAGCAGAUACCAGAGACUUCUCCACUACCUUCAGCUAUGGCACCCAGUCAGAAUAUUGAGAAAAUAGAUGAUCUGCUUGUUUCACUGCAAAACCAGGGGAACAAUAUGACCGGCUCAUUUUAGUUAGGCAAAAAUUCUUUGAAGGAAGAGGUGAUGACUUCUUGGAUCCUGUCAAACCUUGUGACUCUGGAUUAGGCAGCGUGGAACUGAUUGCUUCUGUCAGAAAGUGGCCCUCUUUUCUCAAGAGCACAUAUGUGGCCAGUGCAGUGUCUAGCACCUUAGGCUGUGACUAUUAUUUGAGAUUCAAGGUUCAUAGUACCAAUAAUGCUGAAAAGCUAUGCUUUGUUUUAUGAGGGCAUAGGAUUGUGCUGUUAUCUGACUCCUAAUGCCCACCAAGAGUGGGAUGCUCUUUGAAUUUAAAGCAUAUCUGGUCAGUUAUUAUUGUUGUUAGAAGGUAAUACAUACCACCACGUUUACUCCCCCCCACCCCCUUCUCUUUCUUCUUCACAUCCCCUCUUUAGAGUAGAAAAGCUAGUGAAGCAGAAACAUCAAAUACCCGUGACAUGAAUCGUGACUCAUAGCUGUCAGUAAGUGAAGGGACUGGAUGUUUUACACUUAAGUGGGAGAGCUAAUACUGUGAUCUAUUAACUGCAGUAGGGGGCAAUGAAAAUAUUUACACACAUAACAACUGAGCAGAGAAUUGCUUGCUGCUGUAGGUAGCCUGACAGAGGUGGGUGCUUCCCAUCUGUGAACGCAAUUAACGGUUAUUUGUGUCUCUUACAUGUAACUGUAAAUAGAGCAAGGGUUUGGUGGCUCUAACAAAUUGAAGAAAUGAAGGGGAGCUUUCAGUUAAAUUAUGCUCUAAAAAUCUUAACCUCUUAAAUACCUUCAGCUUAAAAAGAACGUUCUGCCUGGCUGAAGAAACAACUCCUUUUGGUCUCCCAUGCUGACUGUAUGGGUCAGAACUUGCUGAAGCUACAUUACCCAUUCUCAAACCUGUUUUGUUUUUUUUUUUUCUUUUUGUGUUUUUCCUUCUCUCUUCCUCAGUUCCAUAUUAUGCUUUUGGAAGUGUUAUGAAUAUUCUGCUCUCUUUCAAGAUCAGAAGCAGCUUUUAGGAGUCCAUGGUGCCAACCCUUGUGCUGUUAAAAUGCUCAGUCACAGAAUCACAGAAUUGUAGGGGUUGGAAGGGACCUCUAGAGAUCACCGAGUCCAACCCCCCUGCCAAAGCAGACUCCCUACACCACGUCGCACAGGUAGGCGUCCAGGUGGGUCUUGAAUAUCUCCAGAGAAGGAGACUCCACCACCCCCCUGGGCAGCCUGUUCCAGUGCUCCGUUACCCUCACUGUAAAGAAGUUCUUCCGCACAUUCAUGCGGAACUUCCUAUGCUGUAGUCAAACAGGCUCUGACAAAUAAAGAUUAAGGAAAGAGGAGGCAAUUUUUCUGCAUCCCUUGAAAUGUGGGAAUCCCCCUUAACCAGUCACUUUCCAGCUGUUGCUGUUGUAAAUCUUCUGUUUGACUUUACUCCAGAUAGGAGGAAAUUAAAUCCUUUUUACCCAUUCUUGAAAAUCUCACUGUAUCCUGAGCUGUUGCAUCUUUGUAGCUCAUUGGCAAUUUGAAGUGUUAUUUUCCUCCUGACAGCCCUCUGGGCACAGCUUCUAGAUUGUCAGACAUCGACUCGUUACAGAAUGUAAAGCCAACCCACUCCAAACCAUGCAGUUGUGUUGUGAGGCAUGGGAAUCCUUUGGGUGCUCCGACUGUCCAGAAGGUUUUGCGAUAUCUCGCUACAGCCUCAUUCGGAUGUCUGUUUCUUCUCCUUCUGCACGUAGAAAGCUGUUAAUGCAGUUAGAGCCAAACAGCUGUCGUGGAUGGCUGUUAUGCCUCAGUAUAGCGUAGUUGAUAUCAUGUUCUAUUUCAUUUUUGUUAUUUUAAAUAACGAAGAAUAGUCUGUAAAUGGUUUUUAACUUACUUUAGUUGCGUACUGUGUUUUCUCCCUAACUCGUGUGCGUAGCUGAGCUGUGUAGAGGUUUUGUUUGUUUCAAUGGUUUUUCCUGUUUGUCGGUCUGUCCUAACGUUCAUUUUCUCUUUCUGUCUCUCUCUUUCUCUCUCUCAUUGAGAGGCAUUGAAUUACGUUUUCAGUAGUAAGGCUUCUUGCCGAUAUGAAGGGAACUUUUCAGAAAGAGACCUGCUCUGGGUCAUUUAAUUUUGAAUACAGUUUUCAAUCGUUCAAGUUUUGGAUGGUUUAUAUCUAAUGUGUGUUUCAUUUUUUUGGAAAGCUAUAUUUUGUAUUUAGGAAAUGGUAUACUAUUUUGCUAUUUGUACUGAGUGAGUACAUUGGCAUAAAUAUAAAAAUUUAUAUAUAUACAUAUAUAUAAAAUAUUCUUUUUGCCACACAUUUUUGUGGUAAAUUUGUGAGUUUGUCUGAUGUUCUACCACAACGUGGCGUCUGAUAACAGUGGGGUGGGGUGGGGUUUGUUAUGUCUUUAUUGAGUAUUUAAGUACUUUUUGCAACAUAAAUAACUUGUUCAUCUCUUGCCAUUCCAUCAGGCAAUGUAUUGUUCCAGCUGGCUAUGAGAAGCUUCACCGUGUGUGUUGGUGUCUGUCACUCAGCAGUUCAAUCUAGUAUGGAAACCCGUAGGCAUUUAGGCGUAGAGCGGAUAACGGGGUUUCAUUCAGAAUGAGCCAUUCAGCUUUUAUCCUCUAUCAUUGUCUAUUUAAUAUUUUAUUAUUAGUGCCUCUGUGUUUUAACUUUUAAUUUAUGAUUAUGCUAAAAUGUUUAAAAUUUUAAUCAUGAUAAAAAGAAUUCCCUGCUUCAUACUGUCCAGAGCUGCUUUGUAACCCCAAACCAUAGUUUUUUCUUCCUGUGAUUUAUAUAUAUAUAUUUUUUCUGCUAAGAGCAAAUAUUAACAAAACCCUGUUAUGGUUCAUGACAUGAAAAUAGCAACCUUGCAGAACUGACUAAAUGCUAGAUGAAGAUGCGUGGAAGACUGAGAAUCGUGGACCGAAACAGCUUCCAGAUGGUCGUGGAAGUCAAUAGCCAGUUACUCACAGAUGAGCUGGUGGCUUUGCAGGAUCCCAGUCCCAGGACAAACUGUGGGGUGUCAUCUGGGGCCUUCAUACACAGAAGUAAUAGGAACGACACAUUCACUUGUAUGCUGCUUCAGUUUGUUCCAUUGUUUUGAAGGGUGUAUCCUUUUGUUGAAGCGUUGUUGGUCAGUGCCAAGUCACCAGGGACCAAUUUUCCAGUUAAGAAGUUGGGUGUCCAAAAGAGAACUUUAUACCAAGACUGCUACAGCUCCAGGGGAAGGGUAUGUUUGAUUGUGUGCAUAUUUUAGGUGGCUUAUUUAAAAAGGAAAAAAGAAAAAAAAAAACAAAAAACAACAGAAGAAGAAAAAGGAAAAAAAAAGGGCUGUGCUAUCACAUUUUUCACUUUUGGAUAACACCUUUCAUUUGUUGUGUUUAAAGUUAUCUUGUUUCAUUUUAGGUCAAUGUUUAAAUGUACAACACUUGGAACAUGUGAUUUGGUUACAAAAAGUAUUUGUCUUAUGAAGGAAAAGAUUGCUCAGUGGUUGAUUAGUGCUGGAACUGCUGCUUGCAGACAAGGGGUUUGAUAAGCCAAUAACGAGCUUAAGGACAGCCUGCAGGAUUUCAUGGCAGAGAGACAAGAGCAGCGUGAGCCACAUUGGUGUGCUAUCAGAGUCCUGAGCAUCAGUGACAAACCAGUUGGUAUUGAUAACUGGAGCUUAUUCUGCAUUUUUACUCCCUUGGCUUACUCCUCUGUGAGCUGAUGCUGGUGUACCUGUUAGACCGGGGGCUGGUGUAUGCUUGCUGGCACAGAGCUGAGAGGUAAUGGUAUCACAUCUAAUCCAUUUUGCUGGAGAAAUUUAGAAGAUACUGAGACAUUUAGUCUGUACAUUUGAUGUUCCUAACGUUACUGUAAAAAAAGAACCUGCUGUCAUACGCAAAGCAGCAGUUAAAUGCAAGAAAUAUUACUAGGUGGAAAAAACUAGUGGAGAAACCAGAGCUGUGUUACUGUGAUGGGUUUUCUGUUUGUUUGCUGCUUGAGCUCUCUCUGAAGCCCUCUGAGCCUCCGUCCUAAACAUGGGCUGUUCCUCCAGUUGUAGAUGCCUUCUCUGCUGCCUGCCCAGCACCUGUGUAUGUGAUGGCUUAUGGAACAGGUUUAUCGGCACAGCUAAAAAGCUACAGAGCUGCAUCUGCUGACCACCAGCCUUGGGUUCCUGUCUGCCUAUACCUUGUUUUACAAGUAAAGAAGAAACAGCAAACAAAACUUUGUAUGAAUAGCAUAAUAUACAAAGUAAUGAGCUGUCAUCUCCUGGCAGGAUGUUAAUUGGUGCUUUGUGCUUCGUUAUCAAUCCACCUUUUGUUAUUAAUUGCCUCUUUGCUGCUUACUCCUCCAGCAGUUUCUGAAGCCCAGAGCUUUGCUAUUUAAUGUCAAAAUAGUUCAAGAAACAAUUCCAACCUUGCUGCUUCCAAGUAGAGGUUUAAUCACCAGCUGUUCUGUUUUAUAUACAUAUAUAUAUACAUGAUUUUAAAAUCAUGGGCAGUAAUUCAGUUUUAAGGUAGAAUGAAACAUAAUAAACUUUUGUAAAUUGGGCAGAGCUUUUUUUAAUCUGGAAACGCUGAGCACCCGGCAGUUGCAUUGAUGGGCAUUGCUCUGCUUUAGGUAACGGGAUCAAAAUGGAAGGUUUAUGAUACAAUCUAUGAUGUAGUUUCUAUAAAUGAAACUCGUCUGAACAGAUUUUUCAUUCAUUUCUAGAGUCUUCAGAAGGAAUCCCAAGCCAGUGAGAAGCUUGUGUUUGACUUGAGGGAUGUUUUAAGUCGCAGGUUGAGUAGCAUUUUGGCUUAUUAAAAAUCAAAAUCAGAAGUUUCUAUUGGACUAAAGCUAAGCACAGUUUCUGCCUAACGCGUGUGCAUGUGCCCAUUCAUUAAGAGCUGGUAAGGACUUUCCUGUCACUUUUUCAUUCUCACGUAUCUGCAUGAUGGUUUAUUUUUUCAGAGUUAUUACAGGAGAGGAGUGCUAAGGAUUGCAGACACAAACCUGAGCGAGAGGGAGGAGAAUGAAUUGCUUUGCAUGCGCUCAACCGUGAGUUGUAGGUGGAAGGUGUUCAUUUGUUUUGGGGGUUGUCUCAUUACUUUGGAGUAGUUGUGAGUGCUUUGUGUUCACGUUCAGACCGAUUACGCCGGCUGUGUAUGGCUGCAGUCAGCUGAGGGGUCACACAGGAGAGGCUUUGCCUUUCCUACAAGCAGUGUAGGUGUGUAAAUAGGCAAUGCCUGUAUAUUCUAGGAUUGUAUAUAUGUAUAUAGAGGAGUCGUAUAUCUAUUAUAAAUAGUCAGUAGACACAUGUAGUGUACUGCUAUAUUUACAUUUUUAUUACCUUGAAAUUAUAUUCCUUUUUACAUAUUUACUGAGGUUUUCCAGCAGCUCGCUGGUGGCUGCAGAACACCUUCCAGUACUGUACGUAUGGCACUGUUAGUAGCAUUGCUUCAGAAGCUGUCUCUGCUUUUGGAAGUCACUCAUGUCUGUAGGUUAAAGUGGCUGUUGAAGUCAGCUGUACAGUUUUGUAUUUUUGUAUAUUUUUAGUAAUAGUUGUGUUCAUGUGUUGUGAACUGGCAGCGCUGUCAGGUCAGCCCGCAGGAUGGGCACCCAUGUGUGCUCUGUGUGCUCCCCUCCCGCACCUCAGCCAGAGCUGCCUCCAGCGCCGCUUCCUGUCUGUGUCUGUGAGCAGCUCGUGCAGGCACGGAGCAGUGGUGUGUGUGCUCAGCUGAGCUGACACCAGCAGUGUUCUUACAGUGGGGUUGUGAAUCUUUGCAUAGCAAGGGAUAUCGGCAGCCGCUCAGCUUGGGUUGUGGUUGGGUCGUGAUGCUGAGGCUUAGUCUGUAGGCAUUCCUCUUCUCUUUGCUCCAAUCCUUGCAUGUAAGGGGAGGCAUCUCUAAACUUGUUUAUAUUUGAAUUGAAGUAGUUGAUAUCUGGAGCGCUGUCUCCCUGGAGCCCUGUGAGAGCUCUCCCCAGUUCCUACACAUGGGGAAUGCUGUCCCAACCCAUAUCGAUUUCCUGCAGGUUGUCUGAGACGUUGAGCUCCCUAAAAGGAAACCCAGAUUGAAAACUCAGCAGUGUGUGCUUUGUCCACCAUGACUCCUCAUGCCAAAUCUGGUGGACUCCACUGCAGUUUGGUGUGAGGUUGAUCAAUAGACACUGUUGUCUUGGUGCAGGCGUUGUCAGAGCAUCUCUGCUAAACUGAAAGUAGCAUCCUCAGUUCUUUUCCCUGAGAUGAUUUCCACUGCUGCUGGAGCUUGGAGACCUGUAGCUUUUGCUGUCACAAUGGAUGAAAUUGCUCAUAAGAUAUCAUUGUACUGGGACGCGGUGAGGAACAAGAGGAUUUCACUGCCUCCUGUGGGAUACUCACCAAAAUUCUUUGCAAGUGCUCAGUUUAACCUCCAGAAUUUCAGUAUGUAGCCCACUGAGAACGCUGUGUGUGUUUAUUGUAAAGUAGAUGAGGAAAGAGUCCCAUGUUUGGACAAUGUAAAUUGCCUUAACUUCCCUUUAGUCUGCAGAGCUGCCCCCUGGCCCUGGCCCAGGCUGCCAAGCAGCAUUGCUGUGCCCUGCAGCCCCCAGGCACUGCCUCCCCCCCCCAGGAAUGGUGGACCUGGAGACAAGUUUCAGUGUCCCUCUUAAAAGCCCACAGUGUUGCUGAAGCUUUUUAAUUUUGAACACUAUUUGAAAGGAGGCGACUCCACAUUUUUACUACAGCUCGUUGCUGGCGAGUAAGCUCCAAAAUCUUUCAGAUCAGAGCAUUCUACCUCUGUUAACACCUGCGUCUGUCUCGUGGUGCCGCCACCUUUUCUGCCAUGUUUUCCUGCAGUGCACUGAUCAACCGCUGAGCUGCCUUUUCCCUUGUCCUGCAAUGUGAGAGUAGCACCAGAUAUUCCCUGUGCAUUUCUGUGUAUAUGGCUUUCGUAGAUGGGAUUUUCAGAGCACUGAUCCCCAGUGCUUUCGGUUUGUUCUGAGGGGGAUAUUUCAUUUGCAUCUAUGUUUUUAGCUAUCCUGUGAUAACUUGUUGAAUAUUAAAAAAUAAAAUAUUUUGCUUCUAUUGGGACAUUUGUAUACUCGCAACUAUAUUUCUGUAAACAGCUGCAGUCAAGAAUAAAACAAUGAAAGUUUUCAUUUUGCAGUGUAAA